AGCUCUCUAGCGUUUUUAUUGGUCAGUGUUCUCACGCACGUUUGACGUUAUCACGCACGCAUUCGACCGUCCUUGAGCCGCACUCAAGCAAAAUGGUCGCGUACUGGAGACAAGCUGGUCUAAGCUACAUCCGCUUCUCCCAGAUCGCCGCUAAUGCGGUGCGGGCUGCGCUAAAGCCGCAGUUUAAAGCGGAGGCAGUGAAGGCCGCAGAGGCGAACGUCAGAGUCAACAAGCCCAAAACAGCAUGAUUUGAGCUGCGUUGUACAUAGUUUUGCUUCUUUGUUCCUGACCUCGUCCAGCCGAGCACCAGAGAAAAUGGACAACACCAAGAGAAAUCCAACUAUAGAAGGGGGACUUGGAUGAAAUAAUUUUUCCUCAUUUGUAAUUAAAGUUAUCCAUGUUUAAAAACA